AUGAUUCAAGGAACAGCAGUAACAUACACCCACCACGGACGUGACCUCUCCCAAGUCUUAUCCAAUACCCACUUCAAAAUCUCCACCCCAAUCGCCCCCAAUCAAAUCCUAUUACGGACAUUAGCCACUCCCAUCAAUCCAUCCGACCUCGGACAAAUCUAUGGCGGAUACAAUGUCCCCCGCACAAUCACCGAUCUUGGAUCAGAACCCAACCCGGCCCUACAUGUAGCUGGAAACGAAGGUGUUUAUGAAAUAAUCGAAUUGGGGGAAAAAGUGGAAGGGUAUGUAGUGGGUGAUAUUGUCAUACCCAAACUCCCCGGAUUUGGAACUUGGAGAACCUGUGCAUUGGUAAAUGUAGGUGACGAGGAUAGGAGUCCGUUGAUUAGGGUGAAUGGAUUGAGUUUGGAUCAAGCGGCUACGAUUUCGAUUAAUCCAAGUACUGCUUAUCAAAUCUUGAAUCAAUACGUUAAGGACUGGCAAGAUGGAGAUUGGGUGAUUCAGAAUGCGGGUAAUUCUCAAGUGAGUAAAUAUUUAACUCAGAUUGCUAGAUUGAUGAAUAUUUCUACGAUUUCGGUUGUUAGAGAUGGGAAAUCGGCAGAAGAGAUUAAGGAAUUGUAUGAAUUGGGUGCAACGAAAGUGAUCAAUGAACUGGAAUUCAUUUCUCCUGAAUUCGAUAUUGGGAAGGUAACUAAUAAUGGGAAUGUUAGACUUGCAUUAAAUAGUGUUUGUGGUGUCACUGUACCUAAUUUAGUCGCAUCAUUGAGUAAUGAUGGGUUUUUGGUUUCAUAUGGAGUAGUCGGAAGUCCAGAAAUUAAAUAUGACGGAAGAUUGCAAUUAUUUAAGAAUUUGACAACAGUUUCUUAUUGGUUAACUGCAAAUACAAAACGUAAUCCCCAACUGAAAGUUGAUACGAUUAAUAAAUUAAUUGAAUUAUAUCAAACUGGGAAAAUUAAAGAUGUCGAAUUUAAUAAAGUUGAAUAUAAUCCAAAGACUCAAGAUUUGAAAUCAGUAGUAUUGAAAUCAAUUGCAGAUUCAAAGAAUGGUAAACAAGUAAUCAUUUAUGAGUAA